AGAAGACCAAGUUCUCGUCCAUCGCCAACAGCCGAGGCCUCCCACGGGCCUUCUGACGAUCAGAGGAAGACGACAACCUCCUCGUCCAUCCCGAAGUCUUCCACGAGUGGCCGCCAAGCAGCACUACGACAAACUCCUCGACCAACGUUAUCUUCACGAAAGUCCAUCAAAUUAUCAACUACGAUGGACUUAUUCAACCUCCCGGAAGAAGUUGCCAUCGACCCCGCGCUAUUCGACCAGGAUUUUGUCUUAGACUUCCCACUCCCUACACCUUACCACCUUCCCCCCUCUCCCCCUACCACGAUCGACUCUCUAUCUCCUUCAUACUCCCCGGAGCCUUAUCCGGCCCCUUUCCCCGCGAACUCUCCCCUUCCAUCACCGACGAGCUCCACGUCAAGCGUGGAGUUCUUAGGUGAACUUCCGUCCCUGGAAUUCUUAGAAGAAUUUGAGUUCCCCGAAGAUCUCGUACGUGAGGAUUCCACGCCUGACGUGGAAUUCCUCCGUCAAGUCUCCCAUUCCCCUACUUUCUCCACGUCCAGCGUGGAAUUCCUACAAGAAAUUCUCCCUUCCAGGCCUCCUAGCGCCUACACCUCUCCUGUGGAGUUCCUUGGAGAACUCCUACCCCUCUCACCCUUAAACAACGCUCUCCCAGAUCUCCCUCCAUUGUCACCCACCGCCUCCACGCCCAGCGUGGAAGAACUGAUAGACAUAGUGGCAUUGUAG